AUGUUACCACCUUCAAAACCCGCUGUCGAUUCCAUUGUUAUUCAUCGAGAUGAUUCUCAACGACCAACAACAGCUUUAUUAACACAUCCAUCACAACAUUAUCCUUAUAAUUAUUGGACACUAAAUGAUCGUUUCAAAACUAAAAAUGAUUAUUUAUCAAAACGUCAACAAUGUUCAUGUCGACUCGCAUUUUAUUCAUUAUGGAUAUUAAUAAGUGCAUGUGUUCUAUUUAUAAUUGCCUAUCGUUUUUCAGAUGAAUGUGGUGAAUUAGUAAAAAAAGUUAAAUGUAAACGAUAUGGACUCUUUUUAUUAUCGAUUUGUAUAGCAUCGUUAGCUUGUAGUGGAAUAUUCUGUGGAGCAUGUCAAUAUUUUCGAUCACAAUCACAACAACUGACAGCUGAAUUAUACUAUGAUAAAGCGAAUAAUAUAUUAAAAGAACAAAAUAAUUUAAAUAAUACUCGACAUUGUUGUUGUGUUUAUCAACAAGAACAACAACCAGUACAACAACAUCAGAAUGAAGAUGAAAAAACCCCUCAAACAACUGUACACAACAUAUCUUCAAUUUCAUCUACUACAUCAUCUUCAUAUAUUCAAGAACAACAACAGAAAUCAAGACAACAAUCGCCUAAAAUUGAUCAACGUACAUCUACAAUAUCGUCUAUCUCUCCAUUGCCAUAUUAUCAAAUUCAGUCAACAUCAAAUAGGAAAAUACCACCAUUUACAUAUGAAGAAAUUUCACCACAAAUAAAAAAAGUAGUAGAUAAAUCUGUUUCAUUAACAUCAUCUACAAAAAGUAAAAUGCCACCGUAUCAUCAUACAAUUUUGCUCUCUUCUUCUUCGUCUUCAUCGUCUCCUCAUUCAAUGUGUGUUGGUAUUAAUAAAAUUCUAAUGAAUGAUAUUGUUGACGAUGAACAAUAUCGUUCUAAUCAAGCUCAAACGCCAAGUUCUUACACAACUUGUGUAUGCUCACCAGUUCUAAUACAACAAUCAACAUCAUUAGAAACACAGAUACCGAUCGUCACGGAACAAAUUAAUAAUGAAGAUGAUAUACAAUUAAAUACAACUGAUAUAUGGCAAAAAAAUGAAAACCACACUUUAUCAUAG